AUGAAUAUAACUCGCGAACAGGCAGUUUAUAUGUUCUUUGGUGAAGAAUUCAACGAAGUCAAUAAAUCAGUUCUUGUAAAAAGAAUUGAUGAAAUGAAAGACAUCGAUGUUUGCUACAUUGAUGAUCCAACUGUCCCUAUGUAUCCUAAAAAGUCAAAUUUUGAGAAUAAUAAUUGA